AUGACCACUUACGGUUACGUUGGCGCCAUUAUAUGCCUUGCUGGCGUACUUGCUGCUCUCUACGGUGUCGCCCAUAUAGCUGGUGACAUAGCCCGCCUACAGGACGAGAUUACCUAUGGCAUGGACGAGUUCCGUGUCAUUGUCGAUGACACCUGGGACCGUCUCUUGGUGCUGCAGAGUCCCACGGGAGAGUCCCUAAAUCCUGCUCCGAGUAUUUUUCGACCAAAGCGCUAUAUCUCUCCGGAUACGUGUCACUGCAUGGAGGCGUCUAUUGGAUGCCCACCGGGACCUCCUGGGCCACCUGGCCGUCCGGGUGUGCGUGGUGAGACGGGAGCUCCUGGGAUAGAUGGUAGGCCUGGAGCACCGGGUGUGAGCCUUGUUGUGACUCAUGACAUCCCUGGAGGAUGCAUCCUCUGCCCACCUGGACCACCAGGGCCACAAGGACCAGAUGGCCCCAUCGGCGAACAAGGCUACCCCGGAGUUGUUGGCAUGACCGGUGAACUCGGCCGCGAUGGUGAUCCCGGACCACCAGGACCUGAAGGAGAACCAGGCCCACAAGGGCUUGAAGGCUUUGAAGGUCUACCCGGCCCUGACGGCCAACCAGCUACUGCCUACUUCCCUGGCUCACCCGGAGUAGCUGGAGAACCCGGAUGGCCAGGUGAUACAGGAUUACCUGGAAAAGCAGGCGAUCCCGGCAUGCCCGGUAAUCCAGGGCUUCAGGGACCUCCCGGUCUUCCUGGUAACCCGGGACACGAUGGCCAUCCCGGACUACCCGGUUCAUUAGGUGCUCCUGGUGAGCCAGGGCUGGAUGGCAGUUAUUGUAAUUGUCCUCCGCGAUCUGAAAAGGAAGAUUUGGCUGUGGACACCGCAAGUUCCUUCAAGAAGAAGAAACGCCGCUUAUAA